AUGAGUUAUGUGGGAUUCGGUUAUGCUAUUCAACAGGAGAUCAACGUACCGACGGUGCUUCAAUAUUUGGCCAAAUCAUUGGGGCCAGUAACCUCGGAAGAAUCAUUACCAUUGGCAUUCAAUGCAACGUUCAUCAAAAUACUAGAAUUACGCUAUGCUCCUACGAGUACUACACAUAAGAAGUCGGUGUCAAGCUACAAGAAAUUGUGGUGGACAGGGACAGAGAGAAGUGGAGUAGCUGGGGAUAUCAUCGAUGACAACUGCAUUGAGGAAUGCCUUGAGUACCAUCGCAAGCAACAGCAACACAAUAUGCAGCAGCAAGAAAGGCUUCGAUUGGACAAUACACCCUCGCCCAUGGCACCCUCGCCAAAACCCUCGCCAAAGACAUCCUUGCCAAAGACACCCUCGCCAAAGACACCGUCAUUAACAAACAUGCCAAAUGUACUAGGCCCUUGCGCCGCAAGAUAUCGCCCAAAGGAAUGGAAGCCAACCAUGAUCAGCGACUGGAGUGUUUCAACUGAAGAUACACCAUCUCCGGAUAAAAACAGAGGGCCAUUUCCACCGAUACAGAAUACGUCGCCCACAUUAGGACCAAGGUUACACAAUCAAGAGUCCGUUGACACAUGUACACCUUUGACUGGGUCUCUGUAUGACAAUGUUGCGGCAUUAUAUAACAAUGUUGCUCCCUCAAACGACGAAGAAGCAGAAGAAACCUCGCCAGAUCCUCACUUAAGCCCGUACAAUGAAAUUUCCAGUCUUUAUGGUCAGCUGGACGACCCGUACAAUGAAAUCGCCAGUCUCUAUGGCGAGCUGGACGCCCCAUACAAUGAAAUCCCAAGUACCGAUGGCGAGCUGGAUGCAGAGGAUGUGGGUGAUGAAGAAGCAGGAGAAACCUUGCCAGAACCUCAUUUGAGUCCGUACAAUGAAGUCGCCAAUCUUUACAAUCAGCUGGACGCCCCGUACAACGAGAUCGCCAGUCUCUAUGUCGAGCUGGACGCCACGUACAAUGAAAUCCCAAGUACCGAUGGCGAGCCGGAUGCAGAGGAUGUGGGUGAUGAAGAAGCAGGAGAAACCUUGCCAGAACCUCAUUUGAGUCCGUACAAUGAAGUCGCCAAUCUUUACAAUCAGCUGGGCGCCCCGUACAACGAGAUCGCCAGUCUCUAUGGCGAGCUGGACGCCACGUACAAUGAAAUCACAAAUAUCCACGGCAAGUCGGACGCGGCAGAUGUGGGUGACGAGCUUGCUGAUAUUUUUGCAAACAUCUCGCCUCCUACUAGAGCUGGUGCCAAUGUUGCCCCCCCUCCAAUGACAGCGCCACCUAGGACCCGCUCCAUCGUCAAGGAAGUGGAAGUUCUGUUUAGAGGUUUCAAAAUACCCUCACCAAAAUCCAUAGCACAGCAGCGCCCACCACGACCAGAUAAUUAUGACACCAUAACACUAACGCUCCCAAACAUUCCAGAACCAUUCUUUUAUCCUCACUUAUAUGAUGAUUAG